UCCACCCCUCAGCUGAGGACAGAAAUGAGACAAACCAGGAAACAGUUUUUAUCGUCUGUUUUUCAGUCCGUGUCCUUCACUGAGUGAGUUCAGCUACAGGAGAGAAAAGUGGGAAACUACAACACUGCUGCUUCAAGCUGCUGACGCUCCACACACUGAAUCUUCACUCAGAGACUAAAUGGCUUCCAGAUCAGAGGAGGAUCUCUGCUGUCCGGUCUGUCAGGAGGUCUUUAGAGAUCCUGUUGUUCUGUCAUGUAGCCACAGCUUCUGUAAAGACUGUCUGAAGAGCUGGUGGACAGAGAAACCAACACGAGAGUGUCCAGUUUGUAAGAGAAGAUCUUCAAAGGAUUGUCCACCUGUUAGUCUGGUGUUAAAGAACCUUUGUGAGGCUUUCUUGUUGGAGAGAGAUCAGAGAUCUUCAGAGGCUCUCUGCAGUCUGCACUCUGAGAGACUCAAACUCUUCUGUCUGGACCAUCAACAGCCGGUGUGUGUCGUCUGCAGAGAUUCAGAAAAACACAGCGACCACAGAUUCAGACCCAUUGAUGAAGCUGCACGACAACACAAGAAGAACCUUCAGGACUCUGGAGAACACAUGAAGGUCCAGGCCCGACGCACAGAGAGGCAGAUUAAGGAUCAGUUUAAGAAGCUUCACCAGUUUUUAGAAGAGGAAGAGGAGGCCAGGAUGGCUGCACUGAGGGAAGAAGAGGAGCAGAAGAGUCAGAUGAUGGAGGAGAAGAUGGAGGGUCUGAGCAGAGAGAUAGCAGCUCUUUCAGACACCAUCAAAGCCACAGAGGACGAGCUGAGAGCUGAAGACGUCUUAUUCCUGCAAAACUACAAGGCUGCAGUGCAAAGAGUUCAGCAGCGCCCCCUGCUGGAUGAUCCACAGCUGCCGUCAGGAGCUCUGAUAGACGAGGCCAAACACCUGGGCAACCUGACCUUCAACAUCUGGAACAACAUGAAGGACAUGGUCUCCUACACUCCUGUGGUUCUGGAUCCAAACACUGCUCAUCCAAACCUGAUCCUGUCUGAAGAUCUGACCAGUGUGAGACAAGGAGAGAAACAGCAGCUUCCUGAGAAUCCAGAGAGGUUUGAUUGUUAUCCCAUUGACCUGGGCUCUGAAGGAUUUAACUCAGGGUCUCACAGCUGGGAUGUCGAGGUUGGAGACAGUAAAGUCUGGAUUCUGGGUGUGUUAGCAGAGUCUGUCCAGAGAAAAGGAAACACACAGUCUGGAUACUGGGUAAUGUGGUUCUAUGAAGGUAAAUACUCAGUACGAUCAUCACCAGAUCCAAUCACUGCUCUCCAAGUCCAAAGGAAGCUCCAGGGGAUCAGAGUGAAUCUGGACAUGAACAGAGGAAAACUGACGUUCUCUGAUCCUGAUACAAACACACACAUACACACCUUCACACACACUUUCACUGACAAGAUGUUUCCAUGCAUUGGCACUGAAAAUCAACUGAAGAUAUUAACACAUAAAGUCAGUGUGACAGUGUAACAGAGCAGUUAGAGACAAAGAGGAUGAUUAUAUUUAUGUUUAUUAGCUGCUCCUGCUGUCUCAGCAAGUUUAUUUUUGUUUUUUUUACAGUUUUUAUUUUCUUUUUCAGACUUUUCUUUUCUAUCAAUAC